AUGUUUGAUAUAGCUCUCUUUAAACACCGUACAACCACAAGUCAGAUUUUCCACAUCCCCCUCGUGUCUCCUGACAUCCUGCGGGUCAUCAUUGAGUUUGCAUACACUGGCUCUGUUGCUUCCACAGAGGACAACGUGCAGGAGUUGAUGAUGACAGCUGAUAUGCUCAACAUAGUUGGCAUCAUACAAGCAUGCUCGCGCUAUAUCGGUGAGCAGCUCUGCCCACAGAACUGCGUUGGCAUCUGGCAGUUCACAAACAUCUGCCACAGCUCGGAGCUGCGGUGCAAGGCCUUCCACUACAUCAUCCAGCACUUUGAGGAGGUCGUUCCUGCAGAAGAGUUCCUGCAGCUCUCUGUGAAAGAGCUGACCGUGUUCAUUGGCAGAGAUGAACUUAACGUGAGGAUUGAAAGUUCUGUGUUUGAAGCCAUCCUGCGCUGGAUCAGCCACAUACCCAGAGAACGAGAGAGAUACAUUGCUAAGCUUUUGUCUAAGGUGCGGCUGGGCCUGACAAGCAAGGACUACAUUAUGAACAAGGUGAUCCCCAAUGAUUUGGUGAAGAACAGCCCUAGGUGCAGAAAAAUAGAAGACAACUCCCUCCUCAUUAUAUUGCACAAAAACUCACGCAGAUCCUUGCGGUCGGGUCUCAGAAACACUCUCGCCCGACCUCGUCUGCCUAACUCCGUCAUGUUGUCGAGUGGAGGCUGGAGCGAGGGCAAUCCGAUCUGCGAGAUCGAGGCGUACGAUAUCUCUGCCAACCUUUGGAUCAACAUCUCAGACAAGCUGCAGUUUGCUCGGGCCUACCACGGUAGCGUCUUCCUCAACGGUUAUGUCUACUUUCUCGGUGGAUUUGACAGAGCGGAGUAUUUCAACAACGUGGUCAGGUUGGACCUGAGGACACACGUCUGGCAGGAGGUGGCGCCGAUGUACUACCGCCGCUGCUACGUGAGCGCCACCGUGCUGAACGGGUUCAUCUAUGCCCUCGGCGGCUCUGAUGGAAUCGUUCGACUCAACACUGGGGAGCGCUACUGUCCCGAAACCAACCAGUGGACGCUUAUUGCACCAAUGCACUCGCUGAGGAGCGACGCCAGCUGCACAGUGCUGCAUGGCAAGAUAUACAUCUGUGGUGGUUUCACCGGGACCGAGUGCCUGCAGUCGUCUGAAUGUUACGAUCCAGAAACCGACCAUUGGACACUGACCAGCCCAAUGAGCACUAAUCGAAGUGGACUCAGUACUGUUACAUAUAAUAACCAAAUCUAUGUAGUUGGUGGCUGUGACGGUAGCUCCCGUCUGGCAACUGCUGAGACCUACAACUCCCGGACCAACACCUGGCACCCGCUGAGCCCCAUGUUGACUCGCCGGAGUAACUUCUGCCUCGAUGUGAUACAAGACAAGUUGUAUGUCGUUGGGGGCUAUGACGGCACCUCCAUCACUCAAAUGGCAGAGGUCUACAAUCCUCUCACCAACCUGUGGUCUAACAUCUCUAUGCCAGAAAUCUCCCGCAGCGGAGCAAGCUCCUGUGUUGUGACCGGAAUCCUCAACAUGGCUGACUACACGUUAGCUCGAGACGCACUGCCUUAUUUAAACUUACACGGAGUUAUCGAUAAUUCAGGGGACUCUGAGUAACACUUUCUGAGGUUUCGAGUAUAACUACUGUAUGUCCUUGUUUGAAACUAGUCUUUUAUAGUAAAAUAAAUACCAGUAAGCAAGAACUGGGUAAGAAUGUAUGUGUACAGGUACUUUUGAGCAUUUACAGCAUGUUUGUGUGACUUAAACUUAACAUCAGUCAACAAGGUAUUUACCACAUUAACAUUAUUACACUUGUAACGGGGAUCAAACAUCAACAUGAACUUGUAACAGUGACACAGAAAGAGUUUGCGUUAGUGUAUGUAUGCAUGUCUAUGUUUGUGUGUGUACAUGUGGUUGUGUAUGUGUGAAGUGAACAAUGACCAUUGGCUCAAUUAACCCCCAAGUCACUGGCUCUGUUUCACAUAGAAGUUCAGAUCAACCUUUAAAAAACAAAUGUAUAGUUUCAGUCAACGGAAACGCUGGAGUGCUUUUAUUUUGAAAAGACUGUCCUACAUGAAGUGUGACAUGUUGGACAGAAACACAUAGAAACUGCCAGAAGAUCCUUUUCUCUGUAUAUUCUGCUGUGAACUGUGCACGGAAUGUGUAAAGCACAUGAACACUAAAAGAAAACGAACAACAAUUAGUAAAGCAGCCUUUCCUCCAGAUGAGGACGUGUGUCCAGUCACCUUCACACGAGGCAAGAACCAGGAAGUAUUAACUCUGAACCAUGUCUAACAAUAUUAUGAUGUUUUGUCCCGUUCUUCAUGCCAUAGGCCAAUUUGAACAUUUAUUGGUGUAUAACUUAUUGAUUGUGUCUUAAACUUCUA